ACCAGAAUCCUGAAAACUCAACGUAACUUCUCUAGUCUUCUACAGUCUUUCUGCGAGAACGAGGUUGUCUUCCAUGGAGGCACAAGAACUCAAACGAGAAGAAGCUCCCGUCGACGACUCUUCUCUAGGGCUUCAAUCAUCCGGUGAAGACGAAACAGUAGUCGCCGAAGAGAAGCUACAAGUAGCCGCCUCCGCCGCAAGCCGCGGCGGCGGCGAGAAAGACGAGGAGGAGGAGGAGGCUUGGAAGAACAAUCUAGAAGAGGUGGAGGAAAUCAUAGGUUACAAAUUCAACGAUCCGAAGUUGCUGCGACAAGCCUUCACGCAUUCAUCGUACCGGAGCGAGUGUUCGUGGUCGUACGAGAGGUUGGAAUACAUGGGAGAUUCGGUGUUGAAUAUGUUGAUCACGAAGGAGCAUUAUUUUCUCUACCCGGAGCUCCCGCCGGGGAAGUUGACUCCCCUACGCGCCUUUAACGUCGAUACCGAGAAGUUAGCGCGCGUGGCUAUCAAAUAUAAUUUGCACAAGUAUUUACGCCAUAGGAAGCCCCUUCUUGAGGGUCAAGUUAACACCUUUAAAAAGGCUGCAUCAGAGUACCCCUUUCAUUCAGCAGGGCUAAUCGAUCCUCCCAAGGCCCUAGCAGACAUAGUUGAGUCAUUGUUGGGAGCAGUAUACAUCGACUCAGGCUGCUCAACGGACACAACAUGGCCGAUAGUGAAGAGUUUGUUGCAGCCUAUGAUUACCCCGACGAAUCUUGAACAGCAUCCGGUGUCCAAGUUCUACGAGAUAUGCCAGAAGAGAGGGUGGAAAGUGGAAACAGUGGAUGUGUGGGAGGAGACUGGAGAGAUUCAUGUCUAUGUGAAUGGUGAGUUUGCAGGAAAGAGCAAAUUCAAGGGGAAAAAAUUGACUGCACAUAAUAGGGCAGCUCAUAAUGCUUAUUAUAAUUAUCUUAUGGAGAAGUUGAGUUUGGAAAAUGGUAACAAAGAGUAAACACCUUCUCAAAUAUUGUAUCUAGCUAUGUAUGUAUGUGAGUAUGAUGAGACAUGCAUGUACACA